AUGCCUCACGCUGAGAACGAAGGCACUGACUCUACAGAGCCCAAGAAGCUCAUCCUGUGCUUUGACGGCACGGGAAACACGUUCAGUGGCUCCAAUGCUGAUACCAAUGUUGUCAAGAUCCUUCGAAAGUUGGACCGAAACAACAAGAAUCAGUUCCACUACUACCAGACCGGAAUUGGUACAUAUGAUAUCAAUGAGACGUCUGUGAACAAGGGCAUCUUUGGUGAAUUGGGGAGUAACAUCUCAAAGACAAUCGAUUCAGGCUUCGGUACCACUUUUGACGCUCAUGUCAUUGCUGGUUAUCGCUUUCUCAUGCGUUACUAUGAAACCGUAAGUCUCAUCUCCCGACCCCCAAAUCCCCCAAUUGACGUUGUGAAGAACGCAAAAAUCUACGUCUUUGGCUUCAGCCGAGGCGCCUACACAGCCAAGUUCCUCGCCAGAAUGGUCAACAAGGUCGGUCUCCUCUGCAAAGGCAACGAGGAGAUGGUCCCCUUUGCCUACCGUCUUUAUCAGCGCUACCUCCAAGGCGAGAUAAAAGACAGCGAGCAUGCGCAGUGCGCUUCCAAGCACGGCAGCUCAGAGGCAGACGCCCCAGCAAAUUGCGACACGACACAGCUUCUGGGCACAAAGCCUGAAGAUGUCAGUGAAGAGACGCAGGAUGCUUCCAAUGAGAUUGAGGCAUUCAGUCAGACAUUCUGUCGCAAGGAGACGAACCGCGCUGGUGAAGAGGAGAACAUCAAGGUGUUCUUCCUCGGAAUCUGGGAUUGCGUCGCCUCAGUCGCUGUUCUCGAGCGCAAAGCAAAGAUGCCCGUUCCUGUAACGGGCACAGCGACACAUGUUCGUCACGCUGUAGCCGUUGACGAGCGUCGCGUCAAGUUCAAGCCCGCUCUGCUAGCGCAGGACAUCAGAGCCGCAGUGCACAGCCACGAUGAUGAAGAAGACAUCAAAGAAGUCUGGUUCCCAGGCAACCACGGCGAUGUCGGCGGCGGAUGGCCCGCACAGCCUGACGAGCAGGAAGAUGAAGCUGAGAAGCCGUCUUUCUGGGGCCGUAUCAAGAACGCGUGGCUGACGAGAAAAGCUGGCAAGGCGAGUCAGAACCUGAACAAGGAUAGGUUCCAGAUGAGUGACAUUCCACUUGAGUGGAUGAUUCGCGAGGUCAAGAAGUGUGGCGAGAUGGAUAAGUCGCUGCAGGCGGGCGUGCAUUGGUGUCAUAGCCUCAAGCCGUUUGAGAAGAGCAUGGAAGAUCCUGCGAAGCGAAGAGAAGCAACGCAUGGAUUCAUGCACGACUGUCUCGCGUUUGGCUACGGAACAGCCUUCUUCAAAGUCCUCAUGUGGAAAUUCAUGGAAUGGCUCCCCUUUCUGACACGCUGGGAACUCGACGACACAACAGACGCCAACGUCAAGCUCCUCGGCUGGAAGCCCGUGACAUUCCCUCCCAACAGAGGCUCGUACCGUGACAUUCCGCGCGGUGCAGUCCUGCACCAAUCUCUUUUGGACCGACUGCAGGAGUUCUCGAGCUACACGCCUGGAAACAACCACGGCGAUAAGUCGAAUGCCUGCUUCAAGGGUCGGAACAAGGCGUUGGUGUAUAACGAGAAGGAGGUUGAGGGGUUGUCGGAGGAUGCGAAGGCGCACAAGUUGAGUGAAGCGCACUUCAAGAUCCAUUCUGAGGGGAAUACGUUGAUCUGGGAGGAUGAUAAGAGACAUCAGACGUAUGAUUUUAAUCCUCAUUUCAAAGGUGCUCUGCAUCCUGCGGUUGUUCAGUAG